AUGACCUUCCGGAUGUUCCCAUUGUUCUAUUUGGUGGCGUUGAUGACAUCAUCGUAUGCUGAUAAGUGUCCUCAACCGUGUGAAUGUGACCACGAUCUGACUUUUGUGUAUUGUUACGGAGGUGGGCUGAAUACGACACACUUCUACAGGAUCAUUCAACUGCUGCCUUCAAAUGUCAUCGAAUUGCAUAUCCAAGCGCCGGAGGAUAAACCCAAUCACUUCAAAUGGAAUGACAAUCUCAACCGUCUUACAAAACUCGAAAGGAUAUCUUUUAUCAAUUGCAAUAUCCCGGCAAUUAGUCAGCGAGUGAGGAUUAAGUCUCUGAAAUCCCUGAAUCUCCAGCACAACUACAUCGACUCUCUCCAGAUGGAUUCCUUCAACGGAUUGCCCAACCUAGAGCACCUUGAUUUGUCUUAUAAUCAUAUCUCAGUUGUGCCGUCAGGGUCGUUUAUCUACCUCAGAUCUCUGAAAUCCUUAUCGCUUUCCCAUAAUUACAUCAAAGAACUCCCAUCCAAUCUGUUCUAUGGCCCUCAACGACUUCAACAGCUCCAAUUUGAUGGACUAAAAAUUUCAGUGGACCAACUCAAUCCCCUUCUUGACAACCUGCCGUAUUUAGAACGCUUGGAAAUUAAUCACUGCAAUCUUGGAGAUUCAGCCAUCUCCGGGGUCUGGCUCCAUAAAGUACCCAAACUGAGUCGACUAGGAAUCGGAGGGAAUAAUCUGACUGUAAUCCCAAGCCAUAAAUUAAGAGAAUUACCUCAUCUACAGACAGUAGACCUCUCCAACAAUAAGAUCAGAAAGAUUCCUCCCUGCUCUUUCUGCUCUUGCAAUAUCACCACAAUCUUCCUUGGCCACAAUCUGUUAGGCAUCGAUGAAAAUAGUCUCACGAUCGAAUCGUUUGCCGAUGUUAAUGUAGAGAAGUUGGAGCUUUCAUUCAACUUCUUCGACAACUUCAAUUCCAAGUUAUUAUGGAAAGCUAAACACAGUAUAAGAAGUCUGGAUCUGUCUGGAAAUACAUUGACGCGCCCCAGAAAGACAUUAAUCCAGGAUCUUCCUAAUCUCUCUUCACUACAUUUGGCCAGCAAUCACAUGGAAGAGCUCCCAAACACAUGGCCCAUCGAAUAUUCAUCCCUCGCCUUCCUAAACCUCAGCUCAAACCACAUAAAAGUAAUACCUAGCACCUUCGUGGACUCCCUACCAUUUCUCAAAAUCCUCGACAUAUCCCAGAAUGAGAUAAGGUAAGUACAACUUUAAACCUGCCUAAAAAUCAAUUUCAGGUACAUCGAUGAUCACAUAAUCGACUUCCUCACAGAGACCACAGAACGGGUUUACAUGUAUAGAAACCCUUGGGACUGUAGAUGUGCUCAUGGAGGAGUUCAAAAAUACUUGAAACACCGCAAACAGAUCCUGCCUUUCAGCGAACCUGUCACCUGUGAGACGCCGUUUGAACUGAAGGGCAUUCCAGUCAGGAAGGUUAGCAAAAUAAAUGAAUGUAAUCUAAUCUUUGGAGGCUCCUAUCAACUAUCUCAGGUAACAAAGACACCAAUUCAACUAAACAUUUGCAGAUGAGUGAACUUGGAAUCCUUCUGAGCGCCGUCAUCGGACUCGCUACACUGAUCAGUGGCUUCAUGUUUGUAGCUAUGGCAAUCAGACGUCGGAAAUACCGACUGAAGAAGCCCAACUAUAACCAUUCAGAAGUCCGCUCUCCUUUCCCUAUGGACACGAUCACAUCACCUCUAAAAACCCGGUUCAAAGACGAGGAAAUUCCUGAUCUCCCACCUCCACUCCAGCCUCUCACUACAUUCGGACAUGUAUAA